AAUCAACGGUGAUUUCUUUCUGCUGCUGCUUCCAACAGCAGAGGUAGCAGAAGAAGGAGCUGUUCUAGAGAGAAGAGAAACAAUGGAGUGAACAGCGGCAGCUGCAAUCCUCAGCUUGAUCUGCCCUCUCCUUCUCGGCAAUCUCCUCAUCGUCGCAGCGGCGCCUCCUAAAGCUGCAACAGCAACACGGCUGGAAUUCUUGUUCAUCAUCUCAAUCUUCUUUACUGUAAUGAAGCAGGGGGAAAAAGGAAAGAAAAAGAGAAAGAUGGGUGGGGGAAAGACAGAGCAGCCGCUUAAUGGGAAAGGAAGGAAGAAAGGAACACAUGGGCUGGGGCUGAUGUUCUGAAUUUGGAUUUUGGUUUCGAGUGGCUACAGAAGAAACCAGAAACCAGCCUCCAAAGACAGCACCUAAGGGAGGGAAAAGAUGGUGAUGACUUUUUUGGUUUUGCCGCAUCACAUGCAUGAAGAAUAUCAAAUCAGUGAAUGGUUUUCAUGGUCCAUGCCAUGAAUGUUAAAAUCAGCAAUUUGUUGGCUUUAUUAGUCUUCAUCCGUUCCUCCCAUCCAAUACUCAAUUCACUCGAGUUAUUCCUGUAGAUUUAUCCAUUAAUUUCAGUGUUGUUUUUCUCAGUGGGAACUGUUAGC